AUGGAAACAAAUCACAAGCACACUUUCAGACUAUCAAGGUUAAGCAGACCCAAGAACACGCCAACAUCCAAGACCAGCAACCAUUCUAGUGGUCAUGGAUCACAGAGUGAGACAAAGAACAAGGAUCCGAGGAGUGAAGUCAUUGAGAAAGUCCUAGCACUAAUAGUGGACGUUGAUGCUUGUAUGAAAAGGCAUGCUGUGCGCUUUCUUGAACUGGCCAUUGUCAUAGAAGUGUUAAUAAAUUAUUGUAAUGAGCUAAAGACUGCCGAUCGCUAUGUUGCCAAUUUUACCAUUAUAAAUCGUUAUCCUCGCGAAUUUUCACAGAACGAUGAUAGGAUCAGCAAGUUAAAAGCGCUGUUGAAGGAGGAGAUUCAAGAUGCCGGCGUACGAGUAGAAAAUGCGUUUUCCAAAGUCAAAGAAGGGACCGGUGUGGAUUCUGCAGAAUACAAACGCGUCCUUCAUACAUAUAACGCUUGGAUCGAACAAAGAUUUGACGAGCAACAGAGAGAAGAGAUUCUAUCUCAGGUUCACAUUGCUAAGUGGAAAGAAAAUAUUCUCGGUGACUCAGAAUGUUGGCCCAGUAAUGUGAAGAGCCUUGUGGAGCACCUUGUACGAAGAGAUCAAGAUGUCAUUAAAGGCCUUAGCUCAUGUUCUAGAAUUUCGUCCUACGACCUCUACUUCAACUGUAGAGCGCCCUGGGCUUAUGUCGUUCAAUCACUAAAGGACAUUCAAGGUGCACACAAUGAUUCUGUAAGUCGCUUCAAGGGGCUCAAAGCAAAAUUGAACUUGCUUAAAACAAGUAACGAAUCAGAAAAACGAAUGAAACGGAAAUUGACAUCGCUGGAAAGUGAUAUCAGUCAAGGGGAAGGCAAAUUACAACGUGUACAAAGUAAAAUAAAACGAAGAUUUGAUGAACCCGUUGUACAAGAAGAUCGGAAGUUUGCAGGCUAUUAUGAAAACUCAUUACUAGAGGCCUACCGGCCUGUUGUUGAUCAGGUUGAUGAGGGGGAGCCUGAAUAUGUGAUAUGA